AUGGCUUCUGAUCUCACCAUCGCUCUUCGUGAGUCUUACGAGCAUGGCUCAUCGUUCUUCAGUGACCCAGCAACACGAGAAACCAAGACAAGAAUUCCUCUCCUGGGAUAUCCCAUCCAUCACUCCAUGGCUCCCUUAGUCCAGAACUACCUGUUUGACGGCAAGAAUUUACCAUGGCAAUACUAUUUGUUGGAGUCAAAAGAGCCUAGUGAUUUGCUGAAAGUCUUAGACGACUCUGCAGAGAACUGCAUUGGUGCAGCUGUGACCAUGCCACAUAAAGUCACAUUCAUGUCUCAAGUGGAUGAAGUCACAUCUUCGGGGAAACUGAUAGGAGCAAUCAAUACCGUGUUCCUACGCCGAGACAAAACCACCGGCAAACCGAGGCGUAUCGGUACCAACACGGAUACGAUUGGUAUAAGCAGAUCUUUUAGCACCGUCCCAUCGUCCGUGUUGUCUUCGGAAGCGAAGAAUAAACCGGCUUUAGUAGUUGGUGGAGGCGGCGCUUCUCGAAGUGCCAUCUACGCCCUGCACUAUCUAAUGGGCAUUUCGGAAAUAUAUUUGGUCAGUCGGUUGAAAAGUGAGACAGAUGAACUCAUAGCUUGGUUCAACCGCGAUACUUCUCCAACUCCCGGUCCCGAAUUCAGGGGAAAACUACGAGCACUGCAUUCCCUUGAUGAAGCGAAGACGCUUCCCGCUCCAUAUUAUGUUGUCAGCGCCAUCCCCGAUUUCCCACCACAAACAGAUGGAGAAAAACUAUCGAAUGCCAUCACAAGAGAGCUCCUUGGACGACAGAGUGUUGCAGAGAAAGGUCUUUUAUUAGAAAUGUGUUACCAUCCCAACAUCAGAACGUCACUGUACGAUUACGCCGAAAAAAACGGGUGGUAUGUCAUUCCAGGUACAGAGGCAAUGAUUUGGCAAGCAGUUGCACAGCAAGUCCUCUGGACUGAGAAUGUGGUUGACAACGAGCUUUCGACCGUCGAAGAUCUCAAGAAGAUUGUCAGCGAGGAGAUUUCAAAACGUGCGGCGAGCGCCGAAAAAUAA